AUGGCUAUCGUGGAACCCAGGCUGUUAGUGCAAAUGGUUCAGAAACUAGGACUUGCGAAUCAGGAGCAAGUCGUCCCGAAAUCAACUGAACUAUUACGUUUGCUACAAAUAAAGUCUGUCGGCAGUGUCGCGAACUUGGGUGAUUACGCCAAAGCAAUCAUUUGCGUUGAUUUGGCGUGUAGUUUGUUGGGGUUGCCGUUCGAUGCUGAAUCAGCUGUUAAAUUAUCUGGGCUAAAAAAAACGGCUUAUGCUAACAAUAGGCGAACUUUGGAGAAACUGUUGGAUAUCAAUCAGGUCAUCGGUAUUAAUGAAAUUUGCAUACAACUCGGCUUGCAUCAGGCUCAAAAAGAAGCAACUGCGUUAUUGGACAGCUACAGGAAAUACAGCGGAGGUGCCAAUGGUGAAGUUGACUUUACGCAUCCACAGUAUGCAGCAAUGGCCCUUUUUCUAGCUUGCAAAAGGUUGAAGAUAAAACCACCGAAAGCCAAAUUAAUUGCAUUCAGCCAUUUGAAACCUACGCUGUGGAGCCUUCUGGAGAAAAAUUGGGAGAAAUUCCUUGCUAGUGCAUCCAAUAUGGAUGCAGCGAAAGGAAAACAACGUGCAAAAGACGAAAUUAUGCCAGCGGUAGAACAAGUGACACAGAAACAAAGUAACGGGCUAAAACACAGUUCGCCAGAAAAGAUUGAACCAUAUGGAAACUGGAAAAAACGCAUGCUUGAGAAAGCUUAUCGAGAGCUAAAGUCUCUGCAGGGACGGUAGCUAACGUUUUGCAUGUCCUCGUUUUUAAGC